UCUGCACCCUGUGAUGAGCAUCCUCUGCAAGCAUCCUCCUCUGUGAUCCCCUCCAGUGAGCUGCUGUGAGCAGGUCAGGCUUCUUGCAGUAGGCAAUUAAAAACCACUUGAAUUUAGAAAACAAGCCAGAAGAGAAACAACGUGGGGAAACCACAGGGCACAGAAUGGGCCCUGUAUCAUCACUGUGUGUGUCAGCAUGCUUUUUUUUCCUGGCCUGUGCUCUCUGCACCCCUCUGGGCACUUCUCUGCAGGGACUGGGAAGUAAAGCUGCUCCCAACAGGACACUGUGCUGCAGCCCUCCUAGCUGCUUUCUGCUUUCUCUACAACCUCUUUGUUUCAGAAUGCUGCCUUUGUGUAGAUGGGGAAAGCAGGGUGCAGAAAAGCACUGCGAGUUGCAGGCUGGUUUAGCACUGCUGCUUUCACACCUUAAUUAGGCUCUCAGCCAAGGCCCUGCUGAUGUACAGGUCGCCUUGCAGGUGGUCCUCAUUAUUUUGUAGGAUUUAGUUCCUAACCAAAUGUCGUGUGUUCCAGCUGGUGCAGGAGAUCAGCUGCUGAAUUUGCUCCUGUGCUGUACCUCUGGGCAGCUAUCAGCAGAGCACACAAAUCACCACCCCCUGCAGCAGCACAGCCAACGUGAUGGAUCAGGGCUGGUACCUAUCAGGCAUAUCUCACUACCCUCCAUCUAUGGAGGCUCUAUGCCACAAUUUAUUCCCCAGUUUUCUCUUUCCAAGAUUUCCCCCACGUUCACACUGGCAGAGUGGGGUGCUGCUGCUAACAGCUGUGUUCGUGGAGCACCAUGCAGGAAUAGGAUCUGCUGGAUGGGUUCAGUUCCCAUCUGGUGAGCUAGGAGAUCACCUGCUUUCAACCUCAGGGGAGUGGCUGAAGGACAGGUGAAGCCUGCCCUGCUCAGAUGCAUUCAUUUUCUCUGCAUCAGUGCUGAGGAGGUACCUCCCUGCUGCUCCCUGAGACACUAUGUCUUGUAGAAGAGGCAAGCAAAGCUUCUUGACCUGACAAACUUCAUUUGGCUUCAAAUUUUAGGGGCUGCAACCCAUGGACAUCUUCCAUGGCUUACUGAUAAAAGCUUUGGAUCCAAGACACAAGAUACUAGUUCAGGUGGCUAAUAGAAGCAGCAGUGAUACUGCAGCAUCCGUUCCUCUGACUGCCUUUAAGCUGAAAGCUGCUACAGCUGUCACUGACUGCAGGACAGCGACCUGUCACACUUCAGCAGGAGCCUGGAUCCUUGGGUAUCCUCACUGCAUCCCAUACUGCGAGCAGAGGGCGACAGGGAAGUCAGAAGCAGAGUUAUGGCAAUAAUGUACUGCAGGAGUCUUAGUGCCACGUGCUCUUUGUGUUUACAUCAGCAAGAGGAGAAAAUAAAGAUGUGAUGCUCAGAGAUUACGCUGUAGAUUAAGGUUUUACUGAAUCCUGAGAUGAGUGCAAAUUCCCAGAAGCAGCAGCUCUGAUGUGCAGCCAGAUCACUACUGGAAGCUUGCUGGGCUGUGUGGGGGACGGGGCAUCACCCACCCUGCAGUGCACAGGAGGGAUGGAGCACAAAUAUUCCAGGACGGUGUGCUAAGAGGCAGGAGCAGGUCACCUUGCUCAGCCAUGAACGCCUCAGCACCUGGCAGCCCGCUGAGGCACCCUGAGCCCCAGGAUGCAGCUGCCUUCACUCCCAUCUCCGUGGUCAGGAGCAUGACAAAGAAGUCUGAUGCCCUGCCCGUCAUCUCAGCCAUCGUCGUCAUCUUUGUCCUCCUGGCCAUCUUCAUCAUUGUCGUGGUGCACUACGGCCCGCAGCUCCGCACCAUCCAGAUCACCCUUUACCAUGAGCCCAUGCCGCAGGACCUGGAUGAUGGGGUGCACCUCAUGGACUGGAGGAAGCUGGGCUCCCAGAAGAAGCCCACUCAGCCUGGGCAGUGGGAGCCGGGUGGCAACCUGAGCUGCCAGUGCUCCUGCAAGCACCACCUGCCCUGUGGGAGCAUCGAACCCAACAUCAUCGAGGUCACGUAUCUGUAACAAGGUUUGGGCAGGACCCAAGGGAAAAACAGUGACUGCGCUGUUGGCUCAGCCCAAGACUAGCUGGUUCCUGCACACUGGGGUUGUAUCUGGCUCCAGAUGGCCUCACUAGGAAGCUGUGUCACUGCAGUGACCCAUCGUCAGCCCUGACAUCCAGGCCGCUAUCACCAGGCAGUGCGUGGUGCCGG